ACCAUACGUCAGAGGAGAAACCACCAUCCAGAAUGUCCCAUCGUCACCGGCUGUGCCCGCCAUGAACUCCUCACACCCCGAUUCAGGGACUAUAUCUGCCCCCCUGGUCUCUGCUAACAACGUCCCCUACUUGGUGACGGAAGUGCUGACGGCGGUGAUCUCUGUAGUUGGCAACACGCUAAUCUGCUUGGCAGUGUUAAAUGACCGCAGGCUCCGCACCGUUACCAACUACUUCCUCUUCUCCCUGGCCACUGCGGACAUACUGGUGGGAGCUGUAGGAAUCCCCUGUGCAAUCCUGCUGGACCUGGGCUUAGCACAAUGCAGCCUAUACUCCUGCCUGCUGAUGCUCUGCAACCUCAUGACCUUUUCUUUGGCCUCCAUCUUUGGACUUUUGGCAGUAGCAGUAGAGCGGUACAUUUCCAUCCUGUGCCCCUUCCAUUACCGAGCACUGGUCACACCGAGGGCCUCCAUAAUAGUAAUACUCUUCACCUGGAUGCUAGCGGCGGUGGCUGGCCUGAUGCCCCUCAUGGGCUGGCACGAGUCAUUCCCUCCUGAAAGCGUCUGCCUCUUCAGCAGCCUCAUAUCGGAAUAUUACAUGGUCUACCUGAUCUUCUUUGGCUGUGUGGUUCCCCCGCUGGUGGCCAUGCUUGUGUUCUACGCUCGCAUUUUUCUGGAGAUCCGGAGACAAAUUCGGCAGAUUGCAGAAUGGGAGGUGGAUGUGAGCCGAAGGCGUCGGCGCAGGCGGAUAGUGGUCAGGGAGUUUCGCAUGGCAACGUCGCUCUUCCUUGUGGUCUUCUGCUUUGUCAUCUGCUGGUUCCCCAUUCAUAUUCUCAAUGUUGUUCGGUUUUAUUGUCCACAUUGCAAGGUGCCUGCAGACCUGAUCCUCUCUGCGGUCAUCCUCUCUCACGCAAACUCCGCCAUCAACCCCAUUAUAUACGUCUUCCGCAUGAGGACAUUUCGGAGAGCAGUAGAGGCCACUUUAUCGUGUUCCUGUGCUACGGCGGCUGUGGGAAGUGUUACUGGGUCCAGUCUGGCAAAAACCACUCCUGACCAGAGAGCAGAAGGGAACCUCAGGGACGGCCCAUUGCCUGGGACCUAGGUGAGGAACUUGCAGGAGAGGAACACACGGUGCCUUCAUCACUUCCUGGACCGGUGGUGGCAGAUCUGAUCCAACGAGUGGUGUAAGACAUAACCCUUUCCGGACACUCUUUCUGGGAUUGCUACUGUUCCGCCAUGCGUCCGGACACUCUCUCUGGGAUUGCUAGUGUUCCGCCAUGCGUCUAAGCGAUUGCUGUGUGUCUUUGACCAUUAAGCUUUGUAGCUAGGUCCCACAUUCCCAGCCAGUGCGUCAGACCCACAUUAUGGGCUCUCUGUGGAAGAUCUUGAAAUAUAGAGAAUUAUAAAGAGCGCGUGACAAGAGGACAUGGGUAUUACUUGUAUUAUAUGCAAUAUCCUUUCGUUACAAAGUGGCAGCAUACUUCUUACCCCUCACAGUAAGGUGACCAGGUGAUAGUCAGGAGAACAUGUGGGGUGGGGGAGAAGUGGUAGCAGUGGUGACCUGACCUGGUGUAAGAGCAGUGACCAUGAGCGAGAGGGGUCGGCUGUGAUGGGAUUACAGCAUUGUGAAGGUUCAGCAGACCUGGACAGGGUCUCCACAGUGCUUUAAUACUACCACUAUUGUGCCUGUUGCAUACCUUGCAACUGUCCCGA